AUGACCGCCCACAAACGAAGACCAGCCAAAACGGACCACCACCAUCCCAAAUGGCUCAUGAACGACGGACAGCACACACAGGCGGCGACGAACGACAACGACGAACAACGGACAACCCCGACGACCUGGCAUGUCAACGGACGUGCCACGUCGUCUAGACGGGGUCACGUCGCCGUUGGCAACAAACACGAAGACGGUGACGAUGCAUCCACAUCAAUCAUGGUGAGCAACAUGGCUUGCCUCUCCCUCUCCCUUUUUCACAUGAGAAGCAAGGGCCAUGUCGCGCUCAAAAAACAAAAACGACCACCUACAAACGAAGAUGAACGAGCACCAGCCAAUCCCGACCACCAUCAUCCACCAUGGCUUAUGAGCGACGGUCAACCACCCACGAACGGACAAAGGCGACAAGGAGCCCAGGACACCACGGAACCCAAUGUCGCGAUGAGAACGACAGAAGACAAGGACACGGGACAACGACGCUACGAAAACACAGUGAAUACCCCCCGUCCCACGUUCAUCCCUACCCACCUCGCUGAGACACAGGACGACGACGGACCGGCCACGUGGGACGACGACGACGUAACGAGGAGGACACAGGACAAUGACGCGACGAGAACACGACCCAAUGACGCGACGAGGACACGGGACGAUGAAGACAAUAACAACAUGACCAGGACAAGGGCCAACGAGGGACCAGGGCACAACAUGACGCAGAGGGGCUGA